AUGGAACGACGUUCAAGGAAAGGGGAUAUGGAUUUUGUGUUGAGAUUCGCCCCACCUACAAGGGAACCAUCUGAUAUGAUAGAAAUAAGGCGCCCCAUUCCAUCAAAGCCAAUAGAUGUGCAUGAGGAAAUUAUAUUUCAAGGAGGCUUAUACGAUAUUGAAAAAUCCAAUGAAGAAUUGAUAAAUAAAUUGAAUACAGCAAAUCAACUUAUGGGAAAUAUCGCUGUUAUAGGCGAAUCAUCAAGGAAUUUUGAUGCUUUAAUAACCAUAAUUUUUUAUUUAACUAAAAGUAUUUUGGAAUUGUAUGAAAACGUUCAGUAUAACAAGAAAAUUUGUGAUUGUUUAAUCGAUAGAGUGGAAAGUACUGAAAUGGCAAUCAAAUCUUUGAAAAGACAUAAGGAGGGGAAUGUUGGAUACUUUUUACAAGAAGAGAUUUAUUCGUCUUAUCACCAAUUCAUUGAUUUGUUGGAAAGAAUUCAUCAAUUUCUAACGGAUAUUUCACAACUUCAUGGAUUGAAGAAAUUUGAAAGCGUUGAGGAUUUAAAAGGACAAUUUACUAAGAUCAUUCAGGAAUAUGAUGGAAUUAUAAAGGUCUUACGUUUAAAGAUGACUUAUUCUGAGAAAGGGCAAGGGUUAAGAGAUGAAGAAGCUCUUAAAACUGAUGGAGAUACUUUAUCCGAGUUUUUAGAAAAUGUUGAUGGUGGAAUUACGACAUCACAUAAGAGUAUUGUUCCGGUAUUUGAUGAAAUAAUCAUGAAGAAAUCACAAAUAUCAGAUUCAAAGACAGUAAAAUUUAUUACAAAUAAAAUAACUGAUCUCGAUACAAAGAAUUAUAACAGUAAUUCAAAUCAUAGAGGAGGCAAUAUACAUAAAAUGUCAUUAAGAAAUAAAGAUGUAGCAUGUAAAUAUUAUGAUAGUGAACAAUCUAUUAGAUUUCAUAAUGAAUUGGCAAUGUUACAUUUAUUAAACAAUUCGAAGAAUAUUAUAGAUUUUUUAGGAUUAUCAGAUUUAGAUGAAGGUCAAGUAUUAAUUUUUGACUGGGCUGAACGUGGCGACUUACAAUCUUUAUAUGAAAACUAUAUUAUAGAUUGGCCUACAAAAUUGGACAUUUCUUUAGGGAUUUGUCGUGGUUUAUUAUUUUUACAUGGUUGUCAGAUUCUUCAUCGAGAGAUUAGAUGUCAAAAUAUUAUGAUUAACAAAAAUUUUGAACCUAAAGUUGCAAAUUUUAAUUUCGGAAGACCAGCAAAAUAUAGUAGAUAUUUUGUCGAGAAUAUAACGGCGGUCGUUCAUUGGCUAGCACCUGAAAAAUUGCGACAGGGUAAUAAAGUGAAAUUUUCAUCUAAAUGUGAUAUUUUCAGUUUCGGUAUGCUUUUGUGGGAGUUAGCAUUUGAUGUGAUCCCAUAUAGGGAUUGGAGUUAUACAAAUAUCAUCGAUCAUGUCAAAGCUGGUAAACGAGAGAGCGUUGAUUUCGGUCAGAAGCCGACUGAUGUUGAGAAUGGUUUCGCAAAAAUAAUUCGGGCCGCAUGGCAAGAUGAUCCGACACUUCGACCAGGGCUUCAUGAAUUGUUUAAUCAACUAUAUGAUUUGCAACGAAGUCAUCCCUUAGUAAUAAAUAGAGUACCAUUGCAAAAGAAACCGGUCAAAGAAGAUCCUUAUAUAGAUAUAGAAAAAAAGGCCAGAGACUCAUAUAAUAAUAUUAUUAUAGAUGGGGAUGAUCCUAUACCAGAAGUCACAGAUACUAAAAUUGAUUUCUUACCAAUGAUUGAACCAAUUUUAUUGCUCGAAGAAGGUAUAAAAUUGCACAAAUCAGGAGAACGUCAACCAGCAUGGGAAUGUUUUCAAUCACACGCAAAACUAGGUAAUCAUUACGCAAAAUAUUGGAAAGCUCAUUAUUUGACAGAAGGGUAUCAUGUUGAAAAAGACAUCAAACAAGGAACGAAAUUUUUUAAAGAAGCAGCAGAUGAAGAAGUCGCAGAUUCACAAUUGCGUUAUGCCUUUUCUCUUUAUCAUGAACAAAUUAUUCAAGAUACUGAUGCCUUUUUACAAUAUUUAACUUUAGCAGCUGAAAAUGGUAAUGCUACAGCUCAAUUUAAUUUGGGCAGGAUGUAUUAUGCUGGUAUGGUUGGGUUGAAUAGAGAUAAAGAAAAAGGUUUGCAAUAUUUGAAGAUGGCCGCUCUGAAGAAUCAACCUAGGGCUAUACAAUUUUUAAAUGGUGUUAAAGUUGAUAGAUACAUUUAG